GUGUGCCCUUUUUAAGUGACCGUACAGACCUUACGGAACCAUUCAUUGCUGUCCUACUGCACCUACACGGACAUGUUUCUUCGGCACACUUGUUCGUAGACGCAACGUUUGAAAUGGCUGUUACCUUUCAUACAGAUCUAGGAGAGAUUAAAAUCGAAUUGUUUUGUGAACGGGCACCGAAAUCAUGCGAGAACUUCCUUGCUUUGUGUGCCAGUGGGUUCUACAACGGCUGCGUCUUUCACCGCAAUAUUAAAGGUUUCAUGGUUCAAACUGGAGAUCCUACAGGGACAGGCAAAGGAGGAACAAGUAUAUGGGGCCGCAAAUUUGAAGAUGAGUACAGUGAACACCUAAAACAUAAUGUAAGAGGAGUGGUCUCAAUGGCAAACAAUGGCCCCAACACAAAUGGCUCCCAGUUUUUCUUCACAUAUGCCAAACAGCCCCAUCUAGACAUGAAGUACACAGUGUUUGGAAAGAUUAUAGAUGGCCUGGAAACACUGGAUGAACUGGAGAAACUGCCUGUCAAUGAGAAGACAUUCCGACCCCUGACUGAAACACGGAUAAAGGAUGUGACCAUUCAUGCAAACCCUUUUGCUGGAUAGACGGAUUCCUCUUCAAAUGUGCGGAUAGGCCUUUAACACAAAACUUGGACUGUGAUAUUUCCAAUAAGCCUAUUGAUACAGUGUAAUAUAGCUUGCCGAAGUAAAACUGGAUAACUUGUCAGAGGCUAGAAAGUUGUAAAGAAAGCCCACAGAUGGCAACAAUGAACAGGACACUGACUCUGAAACUGUAAAAUGCGGAUUUGUCUUAACAAUGACGUUUUUAUAUCAGCAUUUUCUGAUAGUAAUGACCCAGAAUUUGAAUGUAAUUUGGGUGGAAAAAUACUGGUUUAAAGAAGUAACACCUUAGUCUCUGUCCAAGGAGUAGUGCCAGUUUUUGCAUCCCGUAGAAAGUUUCAGGGGUAUGCUUUCUCCAGUUUGUAGCUAGGUAUGGUAAUGAUUUUUAAACCUUGUGUGGUCCUUUGGGUCCUGGUGACCCGAAGGACAAAACGAGGGUUAAUACAGCACUUUAGUGCUUGUUUGUACAGCAUUUUGGUUAGCUUAAACUGUGUUUAAAUGUGCUCUA